GCUGUAACGCUAAGAGCCAAAAAUUAAAACUAACCCAUGUGGUCCUCUUUCACAAAUAAAUUCUCAACCCCCAAAAUGCUGAAAGAUACCUUUGUCUCCGCACAUAGUCAACUUCAUCACUCCCACUAAUCUAUAUAACCUUUCUCUGCCUUUCCUUCUCAUCACCUCUCUCCCAUACUCACAUGGCUCUCCAUGACGACACCCCUAACCACAAAACCCAUCUCUCCGUCGCCUUCCGGUGGCCUACUCGCCGGAGAAUUUCGCUGCGCAGGCGGAAACUGCCAUCUGUGCGUUUAGGUGGAAAGAAGCAAAGACGAGGUUUGUUUUUGUUGAGAAUGCUGAGACGGAUGAGAGUAAAGUGGCUAAAAUUGCAUUACUCGUGCUUGUUAAGGAAGCUUAAGGAAUAUUAUAGGAAUUUGAUUAAGGAUGUUAUUGAAGCUGGAGCUACUAUUGAGGUUUAUCAGCAGAGGCUUGUAAUGGAGGCUAGCUUUGGUGUUCCUGUUAUGGGUUUUAAUUUCUCUAGCUAUCCUUCCAUGGCUGGAUCAGAUCGCCCUCCAUUCAUUUUCAUCUAGAAAUUUCUUCUUCUUCUUCUUCUUCAGUUCUAUUUCUUGUUUUCUUGCCUUUUUAUUUUUGUCUAUCUACUUGUUGAUUACAAGAAGCUGAAAUGAAAAACAAACUCUUCCUUUUCA